AUGUGUGUGGUAGUACCGAGAUCUUCUUGAGCUGCAGGUUCAAAGGUGAGCAGUUAAUUGCGGUUCUACGCUACAACAGCUUGUUGCUGGAAUGUGUGACAGUGAAGACCUAAGUCUAGUGUGGUGUUCUCUAUAAAAGUAGUCGUUACUCAGAGACAACUCUGAAGUCCUGGACAAAGAGACAGGCUUCAGUUGGUAGUUAAGAUGGUCAGGAAGAAAGCAUGAAGGUGUUCCAGGUAGGAGGAAUCAACCAAGAGAAGUUAUAGGAAUGUGCUUGUUUAAAACUAGAGGAGGCAAUGAGAAUUGAACAUCGAGAAUUUGACAAUGUUUUCCACUUCAUGUUGCUCGUUGAAAACGGUACCAGCAGUAUGAUGUAAUCAGAGGCUGCUAGCUUGCUGCCUAGCAGUGCUAGGCUCAACCACCUAAGCCUCACUGAAGCGUAUGGCCCGUUGAUUGGUAAGUUCUAGAAUAAUGAGUGAAGAAUCCAGUAGAGAAGAUCCUAGAGUAAGCCAGAUAGAGACAUCAGACUUGCUUAGGUAGACAUAGAAACGCAAUGUCAAAACUUAAGACAUCAAAACAAAAAGUUACAUACUAUGACCACAUUAUCUGAGAUGGGAAUAGGUAAUAGCUUAAGGGAGGAGGAACUUUAAUAAUAAAAGGGAUAUUUGUGUAGUUGGUGAUUCAGCUGAGGCGGGUCUAGUCACUGAACAUUACUAAAACAAUCAUUUUGAAAAGGUGGAAAUAAAUUAGUAAAUGAAGUAUUAGCAAUGUUAUUUCUUUGGCCAUGGUUUGAAUGAUAAUGAUGAUGUCAUUGUUCAAAUUAUCCUAGUGUUUAAAAAGUGAAAAGCAGGGGCCAGAGCUGUGGCUCAGCAGGUAUAGCCCACCCCCAACCUGACUGCUGUGCUGGCAUCCCAUAUGGAUGCUGGUUCGAGUCCUGCUUCUCCACUUCCAAUCCAGCUCUUUGCUGUGGCCUGAGAAAGCGGUAGAGGGUGGCCCAAGUCCUUGGUCCCCUGCACUGGCAUGGGAGACCUGGAAGAAGCUCCUGGCUCCUGGUUUCGGAUUAGCAAAGCUCUGACCAUUGUAGUUAUCUGGGAAGUGAACCAGCGGAUGGAAGACCUCUCUCUCUCUGACUCUGCCUCUCUGUAACUCUGCUUUCAAAUAAAUAAAUAAUAAAAAAGUGAAAAGCAAUCAGAGUAAAGAAAACAAACACUGCAUCCAAAAGUAUGUUUCCUAUCACAUAUGAGGCACUAAGCUAGAUGCUGGGAAAACAAUAAUGAAAAAGUAGAUGGUAUGAAAGCCCCAGUCUCUCUCCACAGAGUGCCUGGAUCUAAAACAUACAGGCUUGUCAGAGUGCAUAAGCACUCCAACAGAAGCCUAGGCCCAGAGGAAGACACAGCAAGUCCUAAAGAAGAGGUAGGAGUGGAAGUACAGACCCUCUCAUAUUUCAGCUGGACCUGAGAUCAGACAGACACAGAAGGGAAACCCAUGAGCCAAAGGCCCCCAUGAGCUUGCACGUGCAAAGCCGUGUAACACAUCCUCUUUCCAGAUGGUAAGUACUCUAAGUGUGGCUCAUGCAACAUGGCGAGGGGUCAGCAGUAGAGGAGGGGAGAGGAGGCAGCAACAGGGCUGCGGCUGGACACGAGGAGCAUCCUCUGAAUCUUCCCGUCCCUCCUGGUGGGGAAGAGCUUCUCUGCUCGUGGUUGCUGGAGCCAGCCGUCUGCAGCUCUGUAGCCCGGCAUCUGGAAACGGAGUCUCUUCUCUGCCUCUGAGACACCCAGGACAAACGGCUUCAUCUCUCCAUUUGUAAAAGGCAGCCGCGAGGGGAGUAGGGCGCCCGCGCGCUCGCUCGCGCCGCGCCUCGGGCCGCUUCGGCCGCCGCCGCGUCCAUGACCGCGACCCCUCGGCCGGGGACACCCGCCGCCGCCGCCGCCGCCGCCCCGCCCCGCGCCCCGGGCCGCCGGCCCCCGGUCCCGCUCGCCCCCGCGCUCUGCCGCCGCUCGCCGUCCGUGCCCGCUGAGAAAGACUGGCCGGACUGCAGCGUGAGGAUGGCUGUGACUUUGGAAGAGGCUCCGUGGCUGGGCUGGAUCUUGGUGAAAGCCCUGAUGAGGUUUGCCUUCAUGGUCGCCAACAACCUGGUUGCCAUUCCUUCCUACAUCUGCUACGUGAUUAUCCUGCAGCCGCUUCGCGUGCUGGACAGCAAGCAGUUCUGGUACAUUGAAGGAAUCAUGUACAAAUGGCUUUUAGGGAUGGUGGCUUCCUGGGGAUGGUACGCUGGAUACACAGUGAUGGAAUGGGGGGAAGAUAUUAAAGCAAUUUCAAAAGACGAAGCAAUGAUGUUGGUGAAUCAUCAGGCGACAGGAGACGUGUGCACACUGAUGAUGUGUCUCCAGGACAAAGGGCUGGUUGUUGCUCAAAUGAUGUGGUUGAUGGAUCAUAUUUUUAAGUACACAAACUUUGGAAUUGUUUCUCUAAUUCACGGAGACUUCUUUAUAAGACAGGGGAGAUCUUAUCGGGACCAGCAGCUGCUGCUUCUCAAGAAGCACCUGGAAAGUAAUUACAGGAGCAGAGAUCGAAAAUGGAUCGUGUUGUUUCCAGAAGGGGGCUUCCUCAGGAAGAGGCGAGAAACCAGCCAGGCGUUUGCCAGGAAGAACAACUUGCCGUUUCUUACACAUGUCACUCUGCCACGGUUUGGUGCAACGAAAAUUAUUUUGAGUGCACUUGUAGCACGACAGGAAAAUGGAAGUCCAGCAGGAGGAGAUGCUAAAGAAUUAGAGAGCAAAUCCAAAGGCCUCCAAUGGAUAAUAGAUACAACUAUAGCUUAUCCCAAAGCUGAGCCUAUAGACAUUCAAACCUGGAUCCUUGGAUACAGGAAGCCAACAGUCACACAUGUACAUUACAGGAUCUUCCCCAUCAAAGAUGUGCCCUUGGAGACUGACGAUGACCUUUCCAAUUGGCUCUACCAGCGGUUCAUUGAGAAAGAGGACCUCUUGUCACAUUUUUAUGAAACAGGAGCUUUUCCACCUCCCAAGGGCCAGAAGGAAGCUGUUUCCAGGGAGAUGACCCUCAGCAACACGUGGAUCUUUCUCAUACAGUCUUUUGCGUUUUUGUCAGGCUAUAUGUGGUACAACAUCAUUCAGUAUUUUUACCACUGCCUAUUUUAAGAAUUGACUUGGACUUGUCAAGGUCACAUAGGAAUUCAGACUUUCAUAAGUGUGCAUUAUUUUACACAUGCAAAUCAGAAUACAUAUAUAUAUAUAUACACAUAUAUAUAUAUAAAGCAGAGGAAAUUCAAUGGAUGGAUUAAUAUUUAUCCCCCUUUGGGAUAUUUUAAAACUCUACUAAAAUGAGGAUCGGUAAUAUAAUGACCUGCUAAUAUAUUUUAAGAACUUUUCAUGUUUUAAAAAGAUACGCUCUACCACGUAUUUAAGCAAACAUCACAUUUGAAGAAAAGGAAAUCAUAAAAUCAUCCUAGAAGACUAUCUGAGAGAAAUACUGUUGCUCCAGACAGACGUGAUAACUUAGUUCAAGCUCGCAAAGUUGUAUUCAUCCCCGGUAGCCAGGAGUCCGUGGUAGGGCAGUGUCCCGGGCAUCCCCGUCGCUGCCACUUGUGCUGUGUUGCCGCCGGUGGCACCCUCCACAGGACUGAGUCCAUCCACGGCCGCUAACGAGGCGCAGUGUUGCGGGAUUCUCUGUGGGCUGAACACCUGCUGGUACUAGACUGUGCUCUUAAACCAGACCUUGUUUACAGGCACUGGUCCUUCCCCCUGCGGGGAGGGGCUCACCCGACUUCUCUUUUUGUAUAGAAGGCGUAUCACAGAUUGAUCAUUGUAUUUUAUAAAAUGCACUGUUAUCGGAUGCAGAUAUAGCAGAAGAUGCGGAGUGUGGCCUGGACAGGGGAGUGCGAGUCUCCCGUCCCACUUGGUGUUGGCUGGAGCUGCUCUGCAGGACCUCCUGCCUGCCUCAGCUACCCGGCCUGAUGCCACCUGGCCUGAUGCUACCCAACCUGAUGCCACACGGCCUGAUGCCACCUGACCUGACGGAGGGCUUUUUUUUCUUUCCAUCUUGACAUGUUAGCACCAAAUACAUUUGGGGACAAUGGAAACAAAUUAAUGUCCAAUUUCAAUGAUCGGUUUAGGAGGAAAUAGACUUGUUUCUUAGAAAAAUAAGAGCCAAAGCCAGACACUGGCUUAUUCAUGGUGACAAGUGUGCACACAGCUCCCCCAGAACUGGAGCAGUGUGUGUCCUGUUGCCACAUCAAGGAGCUGCCUCUCAGGGUGGGUGCAGCCAGGAGAGAGACCAGCAGGGAAGGCUUCCCUUUGCUUUGGAAGAGGGCAAAGUCACAAUUCUUGUUCUAGAAAAACCGUUUUUGUUGUUUGUUUCUGUGUUCCUGUGAUGUACCUCCCAGGAGAACCACACUUCUCUACCAGUGCUGGCGCUGCAGCAGGGUGGAGGUGACAUUUCCGGGCUCGGGCUCAGAGCCUGCUGAGACCCCAGUGAGCCAGCCGUAGCUUUCUGUGAUGGGAGUAUCCUAGGUUCCCCGGUUGUCACUAACUACACGGAUAACAAUUCUGAGAAGUAGGCUAUAAAUCAAAACUAAAAGCUAAUGUUUCCUAUUUUUGAAUACACCAAAAAAAAUGGAAAAGAUGUGAAUUUUUCCCCAGUUUUGUGGGAAAGGUAAAGCAACACCAAAUAAAAGCCCACAGCAGCUUCCUCUUUUGGGGAACUCAGUGCUUCUAUAGAGAGCUGAUGUGCUAACUGAAAUACCUCACUGAAUACUGUGCCAGCGCUGGCACAGUGCAGGGGACAGUGUCGUGUGUCUGGCUGGGUAUAACGGUGGUUAUAAAAUGCACGCUGUUCAACAUGUAAGCAUUUUGUUAUGUGUUCUCUGGUGACGGUGAAUAAGUGAAACUCAUCUCCGUUUAGAGGUGUAGAUGAUGAUAAGAAGCCAGACAGGAGCUUAACGAUGCUUCUGUCUAAGGCCUAGCAAACACCGCUGAAUUACAAGAUGAAUUGGAAUCGUUUGAGAGAUCAGUCAGCCGCCUGGGGAAGAAAUUGCCCACCGUGAAGUAUAACAUGCACAUGCCAAGAUGCGGGAAGAUAGGCUGAGUCCUUGCUGCUAAAGCGAGCCGCAGGGUCGAGUGCCAGUUCUCCUGGCCAAAACCACUGCAUUCAUGCACGUGCAGUCGCGGCCCGGGGCCACCUUUGCCGUCGCUCUGCUCCAGAGCAGCGGGAUACCGUUAGGUGCACUGCACACGUGGAAGGAACCUUCCAGCAGGACGCUUUCCUUCUCCAGCAGGGCGCCCUCCCGCAGUCUCUAGAGUGACGAGUACCGGUGGGUGUGUGAGUUAAUCUUUGAGAGAGAUUGUGAGUGUAAAUAGCUGUGUAUUUCAUCUGCCCUACCCCUCUUUGAUCCUUUAUCAACAUGUUCUCUCUCUUCUGUUUGCAAAGUAUGUUUGAGCACAUUGCUGGCGCUUUCUGUAUCGGUACCUGGAGUUCACCUGCUUCCACUAGGGAGUGUGAAGAGAGAAUCGGUGUUCUGAAAUAGCCUGGGGAGCCACCACACUGCCACUGUGCAGAACUGGGCAGUUACUCCUAUCUGUGCUUUCUCUGUGAAGUGAGACGACAGGAGGUGUAAGUGAUGCAUGUGUUGUCAAGGAGAAAGAAGGUAAAACUGGGCCCGUUUUCUACCGGUAUCUUGGAGACUUGUAGCACCUCCUGGUCUUGGUUGUGCUGCCUGGAUUCCCACAGAACACAGGGUUGAAGAAUCCAUUGCUGGAACCCUGGCGUCAGUCAGUCGCAGAGAUGGAGCCUGUGGUUGGCCAUGGGCAGGUCCAGCGACUUCAGAAGUCACCAGGCUAGCAGUUCACUCUGAACUUCAGGAAUAAUUAUUGCUGUUGAAAUAUACAUAUAUUGUAGAACAACCUACAAGCAAUGAAAGGUAAAUUAAAAUAAGAGUGGAAAUGAUGUUUUGGGUGGGCAAAUUAGUAGCGAAUCUAAAUAGUAGAUUUUUAAAAAUAUAGUUGUAAGUUUGGAUCUGUAAUAUUAUUAAAUCUUUAAUUUUCCAUGGUAAAGGAAUGAGGGAUUACUGGAUAAUUAAUGAAUAGAUAAUGAAUCCAGUAAUAAGCCAAGCUGAACCAAAACUCUUCAUUUUAUUAGGAGUUUGAAUUUUUAUUUUCAUCAAACUUUCUUUACUAAUUAAAAAUACACUGAGUUGUUUAUUAAUUCCUUCUGCCUAUGGAUCUGUGGCUGUUAACAAGCAGGGAAAUGACGCGCAUGUCGGAUAGGCCACUGUCAGAAGAGGAGGCAAGCACCCGAGAACCCUGUAGGCUAGCAAAGCCAUCCCUGCACUGGCCCAGAGCUGGUGGAGUAAAAGCUGCUUUCCAGCCUCUGUUGAGUGGAGCCCUUGAUCGCCGAGCACCCUGGGGUGUUGCGCUUGUCCCGCGGCCAGUGUUGUGGAGAAAGCUUCCUCCUCUGCUCCCCGUCGCUCACUUCUUGUGGAUUCGUCUGAGUAAUGUUUUCUGACAAUCACCUCCCAAAAGACUCUCCUGAACUGGUUGGACCUGCUUAUAAACAUAGAAAGUAGUCUUUAAUCAUGGGUAGUCUUCUUGGAUUCUUUUUAUAUUUAAAAAGAAAAUGUUUUGUUUGCACUACUGAAUAGGAAGCGUUCAUUGUUUUCUUCCGUUCUUUUUCUGAAGUCAUUACACAAGACUUCUCUCCAGGGUUACCAUUGCCAGUGUGCUCAGCUCUGGUCCACAAGGAUGGAUAAAAAUGGUUUGUUCUCACUCUCUUGUUUUGUGUUGUUUUGUUUUGUUUUGUUUUUGCCCUGCAGUGCUGUGAGCCUUACAUCUGUUAACAGAGAAGGCAAAGCCAGGAGCAGCACAGGCAGCAGGAGUACUGGCUCAGUUCAGCAGGGGUGGAGACAAAUAUGUUUGGGACCAAAAUCACCUAAGUUGGAAGGUUCUGGAUCACAGAGGGGCCGGUGUACUCUGGAGCAGUCAUUGGCUGGUGCUUUCUUGUAAUCCUUUCGCACCAAUCCCCAGCAGUUAGGAACUGGACCCUGGGCCCAAGCUGAGGGUGCUGACCUGUUGGGGGAGGGUGACUGUAGCCAUAUGGAAGACAAAAUGGGGGCUUUUCUGCACAAUUUCCAUCUGAGGAUUUUUACAUUUAAUAUUUUUUUAAAACAGUUUAAAGAGCAAACAUUUUUUAAGUGUAUCCUAGUUGCAAAGUACGCCCACAUUUUGAAUGGCUUUAUUUUUCUUGUGUAAAACUGUUGAACACAUGACUGUGAUGCACAAAUCCUUUCCAUGUGAGGAGUCUAUGCAUUUUACAGCAGCUUAGGUUAUGACCGGGUAAUGAGACAGUUAUCCAUUCAGCUGCCAUUAUUUUUAUUAAGUGCUUUCAUUUUCUUUACAGUUAUUACAAAGUUGUAUUUAUUUGAUACAGAUGGAUUUUCGUUUCCUGAUGCUGUAAUGUUUACUUCUUCAGCUUGUUGACUUUUCUUUCUCUGAGGAUCUGCAUGUUGUAAUGUGUGGUAAGGAUGAAUGUAAAGGCUGUGGCAACUGUAACUGAUUUUUGUAAAGGGCUGGUCACAUGUGGAUCUGGUUUAUGAAUGCAUCGGGGUGAUCUUAGUAACCGGAUCACCUUUUCAGAUAUUUAGUUGUGAACACCAAAAGAAACAUUUUCUCAAUAAAAAUUAAUAGCUGGUUCUAUUUUUUUUUAAAACCUAGAGAAAUAAAGUUGAUUUUUUUCAAA